AUGGCACAUCUAGGUCUCAUCUACAAUGUCUUCCUAACUGGCUUGGAGAUGAACCUAGACGCUAUCCUGCUAGCAAGAAGAAAGGCCACAACCAUUGCUAUGGUUAGCACCAUCAUUCCAAUGUUAUUAGGAGCUGCAAUAUAUUCUAUGGCUCAAGCUCUCUACAAGGGUCCUAACCUUGACAUGUCACUUUACAACACACCUAGUGCAUAUUUAUUCUGGGCUUUGGUCCUCAGUGUCACAAACUUCCCUGUCCUCGCUCACAUUCUUGCUGAUCUUAAGAUCCUCUAUACAGAGCUAGGUAGAGUGGCUGUAACUGCAGCCACAAUAAGCGACUUCUACAAUUGGGCAAUGUUUGUGUUGCUCAUCCCAUUUGCUUGUCAUAGUCAAAGACCCUUUCUCUCGGUGAUAUUAACCAUUUUCUUUCUGCUCUUCUGCUACUUGGUGUUGCGCCCAUUCCUUACCAAGUUGUUGAAUAAGGAAACAGAAAAUAAUGAAUGGGACAAUUACAAGUUAUCGUAUGUUCUGGUUGGUGUUUUGGCUUGUGCACAAGUGACUGAAAUUCUAGGUACACAUUCCGUUGUUGGAGCGUUGGUGUAUGGAUUGAUGCUUCCUCGUGGAAAAUUUGCUGACAUGUUGAUCGAAAGGUCAGAUGAUCUUGUCUCCAUGUACCUGGAACCGUUGUUCUUUGUUGGCUGUGGCAUAAGAUUCGACUUUUCUAGUUUUAAACUGCACAAAGUUCUUAACGUGAUCAUAAUUAUUGUCAUGUCAUGCUUCACUAAGAUUGUGAGCACUGUAAUAACUGCAUGGUUCUAUAGCAUGCCUUUUCGAGACGGUGUGGCACUUGGAGCACUUUUGAACACCAAAGGCAUCUUGCCGUUAGUAAUGCUAAACAUUGCAAUUGACAGACAGAUUUUGAGUAGGGAUUUCUAUACAAUCAUGGUUGUGGCUAGUGUUGUGAUGACCAUACUAGUGACUCCGACCAUCAACUUCAUAUACAAGCCAAGAAAGCAGUUUAAGAAAAACAAGCUGAGGACUGUGCAAAACUUGAAGGCUGAUGCAGAGAUCAGAAUUAUGGUCUGCGUUCACAACCCUCGCCAUGCCACAGGAAUGAUGAGCAUUCUUGAAGCAUGCAGUUGCGCCAAUGCCACCCAUCUACGCGUGUUUGCUCUUCAACUCAUUGAGCUGAAAGGACGUGGCACUGCCUUUCUGAUAGACGAGGGCGGUGGUUCCCAACAAUCACAAGCAGACACUGAGAGCAUCAGAGAUAUCUUCUCAGAGUUCAAACUAGAACGAGGGCUCACCAACGCUAGCGUGGAGACUCUCGCUGCAGUGUCCUCCUAUGAGACCAUUCACAAGGACAUCUACAACAUAGCUGACGAGAGACAGACGUCCUUGAUUCUCCUUCCGUUCCACAAACAUUCAGGCGUGGAGGGUGCCCUAGAGGAGACAAACCCUGUGUUCAGAGAGAUAAACAGAAAUGUGAUGCGCUAUGCACCAUGUUCUGUGGGAAUCUUGGUUGACCGUGGACACAGGUUACCGUCUGAGAUGAACAUGUAUGUUGCCAUUGUCUUCAUUGGAGGGCCUGAUGACCGUGAAGCCUUGGCUAUUGCUUGGAGAAUGGCAAGGCAUAAAAGGAUUCAUCUCUCAAUGGUAAAUAUUCUUCUGUUUGGAAAGGUUGCUGAAGUGGAUACAAGUGAAACAAUCAAUGAUGAAGCCAACGGGAUAUUGUCCCCUAUGUUGGACAGUGUAAGGGAAAAGGAGUUGGACGAGGAGUAUAUGAGUUUGUUCAGACUCAUGGCAGUGAACAAUGAGCAUUCCGUAACUUAUUCAGAGAAGGAAGUGCACACUGCUGAUGAUAUUCCGUUGGUUCUGGAUGAAUUGGAAAGGGAGGGCUAUGAUUUGUAUGUUCUAGGGCAUGGAAAAAGAAGGAACUCUACGGUGCUGUCAAAAUUGUUAGAAUGGACUGAUUGUCCUGAACUUGGGGUUAUGGGGGACAUGCUUGCAUCGAAUACUUUGGGUUCAUGCUCUUCGGUGCUUGUGGUGCAACAAUAUGGGUUUGGAGGCAUGAACUUGAGGUCUAUUAACCAAACCACAUGUGAAAGCAAUGAUGACGACAUUGAAGCAAUUUUUAAGGUCAAGAGCAUCAAAUAUAAUUGGUGA